AUGGCGUCCACCAUGGAACAUGCUGCAGAGCCCAUGAUGAAACGUGUCUUAGCACCGCGUGAGGAGGCGCUGCCGCCGCCGCCGCCCGGCGAGCCCGGCGCGUCCCCAGGCACCUGCGGCCCCAGAUACAGCAACCUGACCAAAGCCGCCCCCGCCGCAGGCUCUCGGCCGGUCUGCGGCGGCGUCCCACAGCCCAAGGGGCUGGACGCAGCUUGCACCAAAUUGCAAUCUUUGCAGAGACUUUUCGAACCGACUACCCCGGCCCCCACUCUGCGGCCCCACUCCCCUUCCCGUGCCCCGGCCGAGUUCCCCUUCGCCAAAAAAAACUUGCUCAAAGGCCACUUUCGGAACUUCACUCUCUCCUUUUGCGACACCUACAGGGUCUGGGACUUGCUGCUGGGCAUGGACCGCCCCGACAGCCUGGACUGUAGCCUGGACACCCUGCUGGGGGACCUGCUGGCUGUGGUGGCCAGCCCGGGCUCCGGGGCCUGGGAGGCGCGUAGCAACUGUAUCGAGGCGUACCAGCGGCUGGACCCACACGCUCAGGAAAAAUAUGACGAGUUCGACCUCGUGCUGCAUAAAUACUUACAGGCGGAAGAGUACUCAAUCCGGUCCUGCACGAAAGGCUGUAAGGCUGUCUACAAGGCCUGGCUGUGCUCAGAAUACUUCAGCGUGACCCAGCAGGAAUGCCAGCGCUGGCUGCCCUGCAAGCAAUACUGCCUGGAGGUGCAGACCCGGUGCCCCUUUAUACUCCCCGACAAUGAGGAAAUGGUGUACGGAGGGCUCCCUGGCUUUAUCUGUACAGGGUUGCUGGAUACUUCACCAAAGCGUCCGGAAACCAAGUGCUGUGACUUGCAGUGGGUCUCCUCUGAGGCGAAGGAGAAGUUCAAGGAGUCUGAGGCCCCCAAAAGCCACCACCAGCAAUUCCACCACUCCUAUUUUCACCACUACCACCAACAGUACCAUCACUACCACCCCCGUCAUGAUCCCCCAGGCCACGUCAACAACAAGCCCGCCCUGCUUCCGGUCUCCGGGGGCUCCCGCCUCAGCCCUAGCAGGAUCCGGCUCUGCGUCCUUGUUCUCAUGCUCCUCCAUACCGUGGUGUCCUUCUCUAGCAACCAGGGUGGUGGGGGAUUGGGGCUGGAGACACUGCCUGCCCUAGAGGAGGGCCUGACACGGGAAGAGUGACAGUAGGGAGGGAGGACAGACCUCCACCACACUGACAUCAGCUCCAGCUCCCCCAGGU